CGGUGUCCUUGGUAUGUAGACCUAAUCAGCACACAGAAGACAUGCUAUUCCAUCCCAUAUAGAUUGAAAACUUUUUCGGAAACAUCUGCGCGCCUAACGGUGACCGGGAUUUGGUUUUGUGCAUGAAUUUUAAAAAUGGCACUGAUUGAGAAUUGUAAAACCCAGCAGGCAAAAGAAACAGGGUCGGUGCAAAACCCGCCCUCUGAUGUUAUUGAACUAAACGUAGGAGGUCAGGUAUACUAUACUCGUCUCCAUACUUUAACAAGCAUCCCCAAUUCCUUACUGGGACGGUUAUUCUCCACCAAGAAGGGGUCCUCGAAUGAUUUGGCACGGGACCUCCGGGGACGUUAUUUUAUCGACAGAGAUGGUUUCCUGUUCCGAUAUGUAUUGGAUUAUCUGAGAGAUAAGCAGGUCGUUCUACCGGACCACUUCCCAGAGAAAGGGAGGUUAAAACGGGAAGCGGAAUACUUUGAACUCCCCAAACUGGUCAAACUGUUGGCGUCCGAGGAAUCUAAACAGUUUCAGGACGACCCUUUUCACAGUGAUUUGGACGACGCGUCGCUAGGCAGCGACCAGAGGAUAUAUUCCUCCUACUCUCUGGACCGGAGGCAUGGAUACAUAACCGUCGGUUUCAAAGGCACGUGUGCGGCACCGGGAGGCAAGGACAGCCAGAUUGACCCCAAAUCCCCAAAAGCAGUACCCAGAAUCUUCAUCAGCGGAAGGAUCGGCCUCGCCAAAGAAGUGUUUGGAAACACCCUGAACGAGAGCCGAGACGCGGACAGGCCUGCGGACAGGUACACCUCCCGGUUCUUCCUCCGGUUCCGUCACUUGGAGCGGGCCUUUGACAUGCUGUCGGAGAGCGGAUUCCACAACGUUGCCUGUAACUCGUCGAUCACCGCUUCUUCCAUCAGCCACUACGCACCGGAGAAAGUCUGGUCCAACUUCACGCAGUACGUCUUCUACCGUGGCCCAUCCAGGUGGUCUUCGUCCCACUGUGACUGCUGCUGCAAGAGCCACAGGAGCGAGCGUGAGGGAGAGAGCGGCACUUCUUUGAACGAGCUCUCUACUUCCUGUUCCGAGACCCAAUCAGAAGCCAGCUCCCCUCAGGGCACUGUCAUCUGUGGUUCCGUCAGCCGACAGCCUCACCCCAUCGCCCAGACCCUGGAACGGCCACUGAAGAAAGGGCCCGUUCAGCUGCUCCAGCCGUCGGAGGUGAGGAGGAAGACGGACCUGCUCCGUGUGAGGACCAUGGGGAUCAGGGAGCACCGGGACGCUGCAGCUAAGAGGAAGGCCAACAAGGAGAAGUUAACACCGGAGCAGGAGCUGGAGAGGUGCAUCCAGGACUUCCACAGGAUCAGGAUUCCUGAACGCUUCCCAGAGAAGAAGUACAUGUGGCAACAAGAACUGCUGAGGAAGUACCGUCUCUAA